CAGAUUCAUUCAUGUUGUUGUGAUCUGAAAGGGCAGAAAUGAAGACAGCGCUGUGCUCGGCAGUCGCUGCUCUGUGUGCAGCCGCCUUCCUCUCCUCCAUCGAGGCUGAAGUUAAUCCACCAUCAGACUUGAAUUUUACAAUUAUAGAUGAACGUAAUGUUCAAAUGUCAUGGAAAAGGCCACCAGAUCCAAUAGUGGGUUACAGGAUAACUGUGGUUCCAACAAAUGAUGGACCUACUAAAGAAUUUACUCUUUCACCUAGCACUACCCAAACUGUCUUAUCAGAUCUUAUAGCUGAUAUAGAGUAUGUUGUAUCAAUAGCUUCAUAUGAUGAACGAGAGGAGAGUCUACCUGUUUUUGGCCAGCUGACAAUUCAGACGGGUGGUCCAGGCAUACCAGACGAAAAGAAAGUUGAGGCUCAAUUACAAAGAUGCUCCAUAAGUGCAAUGACAGAUUUAGUUUUCCUGGUAGAUGGUUCAUGGAGCGUAGGGAGAAAUAACUUUGGAUAUAUUCUGGACUUCAUGGUUGCCCUUGUAUCAGCCUUUGACAUUGGGGAAGACAAGACGAGAGUUGGAGUUGUUCAGUACAGUUCAGAUACAAGAACAGAGUUCAAUUUAAAUCAGUAUUUCAGAAGACGUGAUCUUAUCGAUGCAAUUAAAAGGAUACCUUACAAAGGUGGCAACACAAUGACAGGUGAGGCUAUUGAUUACCUGGUUCAAAACACCUUCACUGAGUCUGCUGGAGCAAGAAAAGGCUUUCCCAAAGUAGCAAUUGUCAUUACGGAUGGAAAAGCUCAAGAUGAAGUAGAAAUUCCUGCAAGAGAGCUUCGCAACAUAGGAGUUGAAGUUUUUUCUUUGGGAAUCAAAGCAGCAGAUGCGAAGGAACUCAAGCUAAUUGCAUCUCAGCCUUCACUGAAGCAUGUGUUCAACGUGGCUAAUUUUGAUGGAAUUGUGGAUAUACAGAAUGAAAUUAUCUUGCAAGUGUGCUCUGGCGUGGAUGAACAACUAGGUGAACUGGUUAGUGGAGAAGAAGUGGUGGAGCCUCCUUCAAACCUGGUGGCUACUCAGAUCUCCUCAAAAUCUAUUAGGAUCACUUGGGAUCCAUCCACAAGCCAAAUAACUGGCUACCGGUUGCAGUUCAUUCCAAUGAUGGCUGGAGGAAAACAACAUGUACUGAGUGUGGGUCCUCAGACUACUGCCCUGAAUGUUAAAGAUCUUUCUCCAGACACAGAAUACCAAAUCAAUGUUUAUGCAAUGAAAGGACUGACCCCCAGUGAGCCAAUAACGAUAAUGGAAAAAACGCAACAAGUAAAAGUUCAAGUGGAGUGCUCACGUGGUGUGGAUGUAAAAGCUGAUGUUGUGUUUUUAGUGGAUGGUUCCUACAGCAUUGGUAUCGCCAAUUUUGUUAAAGUAAGAGCCUUUUUGGAAGUGUUAGUUAAAAGCUUUGAGAUAUCGCCUCGAAAAGUACAGAUAAGUCUUGUCCAGUACAGCAGAGAUCCCCAUAUGGAGUUUUCUUUGAACAGAUACAACAGAGUGGAAGACAUAAUUCAGGCUAUUAACACCUUCCCCUACAGAGGUGGAUCUACCAACACAGGCAAAGCGAUGACAUAUGUGAGGGAGAAAGUGUUUGUUACCAGCAAAGGAUCAAGACCAAAUGUGCCGAGAGUCAUGAUUCUUAUUACUGAUGGAAAAUCGUCAGAUGCUUUUAAAGAACCUGCAAUAAAGCUGAGGGAUGCAGAUGUAGAAAUAUUUGCAGUUGGUGUGAAGGAUGCAGUGCCUUAUGUACCUGCAAGGAAUAUGGUCUUUUCUAAUGUAACAUCUGACAGUUUCAAAGUGAGCUGGUCUGCAGCUGGAUCGGAGGUUUUGUCCUAUCUCAUUAAAUAUAAAGUAGCAGUCGGUGGAGAAGAAUUCAUUGUUUCAGUCCCAGCUUCAAGUACCAGCUCAGUUCUCACCAACCUGCUCCCUGAAACUACUUACGCAGUCAGUGUGAUUUCGGAAUACGAAGAUGGUGAUGGCCCUCCCUUGGAUGGAGAGGAAACCACCUUAGAAGUUAAAGGUGCUCCUCGAAACUUAAGGAUAACAGAUGAAACUACUGAUAGCUUUGUGGUUGGCUGGACUCCAGCUCCAGGAAACGUCCUGCGGUACAGGCUUGUCUACAGACCACUUACUGGAGGAGAACGGAGACAGGUCACUGUCUCAGCAAACGAAAGAUCAACCACUCUACAGAACUUGAUCCAGGAUACAAGAUACGAAGUGUCUGUUAUUCCUGAGUAUCAGUCUGGGCCUGGGAAUUCACUGACUGGAUAUGCAAAAACUGAUGAAGUCCGAGGAAAUCCAAGAAAUUUGAGAGUUUCUGAUGCUACAACAUCAACAAUGAAGCUGUCUUGGGGUGCUGCUCCUGGCAAAGUGCAGCAGUACUUUAUAACAUACACUCCAGUUGCGGGAGGUGAAACGAAGGAAGUGACUGUGAGAGGUGACACUACCUCUAAAGUGCUGAAAGGCUUAGACCAAGCCACGAGGUAUGCAUUGACUGUGUCUGCCUUGUAUGCUUCUGGAGCAGGAGAGGCCCUUUCUGGAGAGGGAGAAACGCUUGAAGGAUUAAUUAACGGAGUUAAAGUAUCCCAUCCAUUUGAAAAUUUCCAGGGGUUCUACUAUGCUGAGACUGAAAAAUGUUCGGGGACCAUUUUUGUAUUAGAGAACAAACAUCCAGUGUAG